GUCUGUCUGCCACAUGGGUGGGCUCUGGUUGUGUCUCACUGCUCUUUGGUUGUUGGUUGGUCAGGGGCUCUGUUGACCUACCCUGUAAAGCAGAAGGCAGCCUAGUGUUUUUUCUGUUACUGGAAUUCCAGUUCUGGUGGGUUUGUUUUGUUGUAAUCCUUAGAAUAAAAAAAAUAGAUAGGCAGAAAUUGCGUAUCAUCCAGUUCAGAAUGGGACAAUCUCCAAAGUUAGGUUGGAUUGAUAAAUCCAGAUGAAUUUUACCCAUUUCCAGCUGUAGAGAUACUGUAACCUUUCUAAGCAAUUAGUUCCAGUGACCUUCCUCACUGUGAAAAUUUUUCUCUUACCCAUAAUUCUGAGUUUUCCGUGUUACAGCUUGUCUCUCUCAGAAGGAUCUGUAUCUGCCUUCUCUAUAUUUGCUCUGAAGGCAGCUAAAACCAAUAAAAUCCCUGUUUAGCCUUUUUUUCUUAAAACCAACUAACCAAACUCUUGCAAACUCCUCAUAACUCAUAUCCUGCAGGCCCCUAAUCAUCUUGAAUCACCUGCUGGGCUUAGUUCAGGAUAUCCAUGGGCAGGUCAAACCGGAUGCAACACUUCAGAUGUACCACAUAGCGGGGUUUAAUGACUUCCCUUUGUCUGUGACUGUGAUACUGUCAAUGGCAUGUAAUGAGCAUGUAGCCCUUACCACUACAUAGUGCUGAUUCUACUAAAAUAUUCUUUUGGUUCCAGAUAAGACAACAUCUAGUUUAAAAUGCACAAUUUUUUUCCUAUCUGUAAAGACUACAGGAAUUGCAAUCUGGUUGUAAAAUGUUUAGGAGUGGAGAUCUGACUGUCUAUAACAAUAUAAAGUGUGAUACAUAAUACUGAGUUUUAAGGCCAGUGAAGAGUUUAACAAAAAAAACUAAAGGAUGGCUAAAUGAUUUGGCUGUUCACACCUGAUCAAAGCAUGUCACAGUUUCAUUAUUAGAAUGAAAAUAAUGUUAGUUAGAGUGCCAGAAAAAAAGCUGCUUCUCGGAAUGCACAGCAAGAUGAGAAAAACUGCAGAAAAAAGGAGAGACAGUCUUUGACAAGAUUCUCUGCAGUUUUCUGUACAUUUCAAAGAGGUGGUGGGCAGGGGGAAGGAAGAGGCAUGUAUUAUCAAAGAGAACACAAAACUGGAAAAAGAAAAUAACUGGAGGAUAAAGGACAGCUAAAAACCGGGAAAGAAGACAACAGAGCAGGCUGAAGAUUCUUUAGUAAAUAAAAUACAAAUGAAGAUUGUUAAUGUGAAAAUGAGAAUAUGUCAGAGAGCAGAAGAGAUAGAGGGCUGUUGGUGAGCUAAUAUGCACAUAAACAUUUCCUGAUGCACAGAGACAGAAUUGAGCCUUGAAGACAGUUUAAGUUAGGGAGAAAAAAAUAAAAAGGAAAAUACCUGUCCUUUAUCCAAGUUUAAAUUAGGAAUAGGUGAAACCGAUUAUAAACCAGUUGGUUUUAUGCAUUUUUAUGCCUCCUCUCAUGCCUUUGUCAAAAGCAUGACAAAGACAAUAAGUACUCUUUGGCUUAUAGCAUGCCAUCAUUAAAAGCACCAGAUGCAAAUUUCGUAGUGAGAAUGUGGAGAAAUUUCUGCAGCAACAGAAGAAAAUUAUCUAAGCCCUAUUUGAUGUAUUUUCUUAUUUAUGCUUAUAUUUAUGGUUAGUUGAACCCAGCUGCAUAUGUCUUAUCUCCUUUUGGGUCAAGAAUCAGCAGGGAAGAAAAGCCAGGAGUUACUGCUUCACUCUGCCCUCUGGGAGAAUGUUUUUAUCAAGCUUCCAGAUAAUGAAGUUAUUUUUAUGAACCAAAAUCUUGAAGUCUUUUUAGCGAUGUGAGAGUUUAUAAAUUUGAAAUAAUAUUCAUGCUGCAUUCAUCCACUUACAAGGUUAAUCUACUUGUGUAUAUUUUUUAUUCUUUUUAAAAGAAACAGAAUAUUUUGCAUGAACUACUUGUAUUUAAAUUUUUUAUAUAAAAGUAAUAGAACACAGUAAAGGAAGUAUCUCUGUAAUCAAAGUAUUUUUCAUUUCACAACUUUUAAGUAUCUAACAGAUGAGUAUUAUUCAACUUGUAAAGAAUACUUGAAUUGGCUAUCUCUGUUUUCCCUUGACUAGUGUUUUUAUAACUCUCCAAAACUAGUUUUAACUUACUUUGAAUUGCCUUAGAUUUCUGAUAUGCCAUAGAGUUUCUUAAGAUGGAGAGGAAAUGUGACUGUUUUCAGAGGAGUGUGUCAUUGAAUCAAAACUUGACAUCCACCUAGGCUAAGAAAACUGUCUGUUUCUUCCCUGGGGAAGUGCUUUGAGAAGGUAACUGUUUUUUAUGUAGAGUACACUCCUAAGUUAAGUUUUUUAGUUUAGCGUGCCCCGAGGCAAAACGUUUCAGUAUAUUUUAGAAGAUCCUGCCAAUUUAAUUAAUCUUAUGGGAAUAAUGCUAAAAUUCAUUCUUUGUUUCCCUCUUCAUAAACUAUAUGGUUCUUCAUCCCUGCACUGUCAAUGGCAUCUGUUAACUGCAUCUUUAAGGGGGACAAAAACUGGCUUAGUGCUGUUCCAAGGAGCAGUGCAAAUUGGUCUCUUGUUCCACCAGAGGUGGGACAGGUGGGAUAGUCCUCUGUAUGGAAAAUCUCUUCCAAGACUGGAGGAUUUUUUGUGAAGAAUGGGUGAAUUCAGUGGAGAGCAGCAAACGUGUGCAUCCUGUCACAGCAGCCAAGGCCAUGAUUCAGUAGCUGACUUCAAAUUCUUUCAAGGCAAGACCAAGGAAUGGGGGUUUGCAGUCGUUGGGUCUCCAUAUAGAGUGGUCCCAGCAGUCUUUCUGUUCCUAAGAAAGGACUCAGUAACUGAACUGCAGCCUGGAAGACAGACAGUCCUGCCCAGGGAGAGAAAGAGUUGGCAUUAGUGUUGCUGUGGUGCUUCUGAGGGGUUGGAGUUACCAUGGGGUGCUCCUUGUAUAGCAUUUAUUCUGCAGACACUCAAGAGGUUGGGCUUUUUGCUUCAGAGAGAGGAAAUACUGCUACAGCUGUAAUAAAAGCCAUUUGGAACUGCACAAGUAAAGCACUGUAUGCUUUCUAUCUUGCAGCUAUAUGUUACUUUUAUAUACCUCUUGUUUUUGUUUAAUUCCUAUGAAGUGUUUGUGUUGAAUGAAUAAUUAGAACCAGGAUUAUUCUGCCAUCCUUUUGAAUAAGCUGUUAGUUUGUUUAGAUUUUUUUUUUCUCCUGAAAUCCAUUCAUAUUCUAAGGAACUGAAAGGCAAAGUAUUUUAAUGGUGUUUUUGCAGAAUAUUUUCCUGAAUGGAUGAGGAAACAGUCAUUCCAGUUAGCACUAUAUAAAAAAAGUGAAGGCAGUGCAGUGAGCCUAAUUUUCCAUUUUUGUCUGUCAUAGACGUAAAUAAUUCAAAUAUAUAAGUAUGGAAAGAAGUUAGCAGUUCAAAACUGGGACUGCAUGAGUCUCAUAGCAUAAUAUUAGUAUUUCCUGCGUGUUUCAAUUUGACAUUCUUAAGAAAAAGGUUGGUUUUCCUGAAGUAUGAAACAUUUAAUAGUUAAUGCUGUUUUUUACUGGGCUCCUGUGGUAAACUAGAAUGUUCAUGUGUAUGCUUAUGUAAUUAAGCAUCCACUAAUUUCUUUCUCUUUGGAAAAUACUUCUCCAAAUCAGCACUCCAUAUAUGAAGAUUUAAGAUUAUAUCAUCUGUUUGUUUAAGCUAAUCCAAAAGUAAAUGAGGAACUUAGGAAAAGAUUGCCAACUUCAAGUCAACACAGUUACACUGAAUUGAAGAAGCAUACAGCUUCAUUUGAGGGAUUCUUUUAAGGGACUCAGUGUUCUGCGACAUGAGCUCUGAAACCUUCAAGCAAAAACUGGAAUCACUGCCAGAUCAAACAAGUUCAGGAGAACAAAUGGAGAACUGGUCAAAAGAAACACACAUCUUGGAUCAGGACAAAGAAGACUUUUGUGCUGAACUUCAGUUUUACAAGAAUUCUCAAAAACCCACAGAAUUUUUUAUACAGGCAGAAACUGAAGCACCAGCACUUUCAGAUUUGUGUGUAACCAGUCAAAGAGGAAGAGUCGUAACUGACUGUAAUCCUGGUCCUGAAGAAUCAAGCAGUGUAGAAAGAAAGGAUAAGAGGAUGCUCCCUGAAUUUAUAUCCUCAUGGAAUGAUGCUGAAGAUUUAGGCGGAAAAACAGAAACUGCAUUCCUUUUAAAAGAAUUGGACACUCUGAGGGCCAAAAAUAAAAAGCUUCAAGAUAAGCUGGCUGAAAAGGACAAGGAGCUGAAGACAAUGAAACUGGACUUAGAAUUGCAAGACAGAGCUACAGAAGCUAAGAUUGCAGAAAAGAUUGCAGCUCUGGUGGAAGAAGUUUAUUCUGCUCAACGGGAACGUGAUGAGGCUGUCAUGGCAAGGCUUAGGUUAGCCAAUGAAGAGAGAGAUGAAGCAUUUCUACGAGUCCGGCGUUUGGAAGAGUCUCUCAAAGAGCUAGAAAAUAUUAACCCUGAAGAAAAUGACAUGACAUUACAGGAAUUACUGAACAGAAUAAACAAUGCAGACACAGGGAUAGAUAUACUGAAGAAUGGAGCUAUAAUUCUGAACCGAAUACACAGGACCAAAGAACGUAAAAAGAAAAUAAUAGCUGAGGAAAUGAAUGCAGUAAUAGAACAACGGGAUGCUGCUUUAUCUCAAUGCAAACGGCUGGAGCAGGAGCUUCAUCAUCUGAAAGAGCAGAACCAGACUUCAGCAAACAACACGAGACAUAUGACUGCUGAAAACAAUCAAGAACGUGCUCUGAAGGCAGAACUGAUAGCUUUGCAACAAGAAAAAGAAGCUGCUCUCCAACAGUGCAAAAAACUGGAAGAAGAAGUCCAAACAUUGCGUGUUUAUUACAGAUUAUACAAGUCUUUGUCUGAAGGAAUGAGUCUGAAGAACCAACCUAGCUGUGCUUUCAGUACUUCUGAAGGCAGACUCCAAGGAAGGGAGGACGUUGUGACCCUAACCUAUGGCCAGAUUGAAGAGCUGGCGGCUCAGCUGCAGCAAACUCGAUCAGAGCAAAAGGACACCGAGCUGAAGCUCCAGAAAGCCCUGGAAGCUUCACAGGAGGCCAAUGAAAAAGUUCAAAAGUUGGAAAGGCUGGUGGACGUCCUGAGGAAGAAGGUUGGAGCAGGGACCAUUAGGACCGUGAUCUGAUUGAAAGCUGUAGUCUAAGGAAGCUUUCACAUCUGGUGACCAGGCUGCUUCAUUCAGCACUGUGUAAACACUGAAGCCUUAACUUAGCAAACAGUUGUUAGAAGUGGGACACUCCAGCGACAUUCCAAGCUGAGAUAAAAUCAAAUCAUAAAUGUUUAACUACUUUGCUGCUGAGUUCUGUGAUUUGUUAAAAAUGUUUCAUUGCAAACAUGUAUUUGUUUUUAACCAAAUGCAUUGUGGCACUGUGUGUUGUGAAAAAAUCUGUAGAUGCUUAUUUUAACAGUCUGUUCUCUCGGUGUUGUUAGACUGUAAUCUGCUGCUAGGCACAGCAUGGUCAUUUUUUUAAAUACUGCAGGCUUCAGGUUCAAAAUGCUGCAAAGCAGUUGCAAAAUUUAAAUCCCUUAUUUUAUUUGUGAGACUGCAAAUAGUCCAGUAUUUGUAUGUUAAAUAUAUUAAUUGAUAAAGUAGGUUGGCAUUCAAGAAAUAUCUCUGGCUGGUAUAUUGGAUAUUUUUUCCUCCUUACUCAUAGCCCAUUGAAUUCCAGGUAGUAACUGUGGCUACAUCAAAGGGCAGGAUAAAUGUGUAGCUUUAUACAACAGCUGAAUAGCUUCUGCUAGUACAUGGUAUUUUCAAUGUACAUUAAAAAGACAUUUGCAUUUAGGUUUCGCUGGAAGUACAGCUUAAAAAAUUGCAACAUGAAAGCCUUGUGACAUUGUACAGUAUCAGACAGUGGAGAAAGUUUCCUGUAUUGUUUUCAGUCAUUCCUCUGUGCUUUUAUACAAGGGAAAAGCUCUCAGAUUUCAGAAAGUACCUUAUAAAUUAAAAAUUCACCUUUUCAGUGUUUGCCUCUUUCCUGCAAGACUCUGAUUGCUCUGCAGUGCAGGAGUACCAUCCAGGUUGGGUUUGAGGCCAAACUGUCAAUCCUCAGCUUUUUGUACUCAUGAAGUGCCCUAGGAUGUAAAGGCUGAAGCACAGAAUCUUACAGAGAGAGGAGACACUCGGGGCUGAGGAGGAAGAUUUGGGGUAUACAGACAUUAUAGGCUUUACAGAUACAUUAGAGUUGAACUGAAAGUUAUGUUUGUGACCCAGUCAUCUCCCUGUAUGAACAGUCAGGUCAGUACUCAUAUAAUCCUGCUCAAGAAAGCAGCUGUAAUCUCUGAGCACCCCAAAUUCAAUAAAGAAUCUCAGCAGCCAGCUGGGCUUUAGUGUCUCCUCAGGAGCAGCCAACUCAGGCAAGGUGAAUGUAGCUGCUGAGGCUCCCACUUGUCUGCUUUGCUUUGUGUUUAAUGGUGCUACAUGGUCUCACCUCUUAAUGCUUGCUUGUUCAGAUGUUGUGAUAGUGCAGACUAUCUGGAAAAAAUGAAAUUUUAAUUUUAGGUGUAGAGAGAGACAUUUUAAUGUCUGUUUUUUUCUUUCAGACACUUAAAUGUUAAGCCUUCUUCAUCUGCAGACCUAAGCACCUCCUAGUUUCAGUUGACCAAACCUAACCUCUUGCAGGGAGAUAAGUAGCAUCCCUCCAAGCCACAUUUACCCAAGUCACUUCUAGAAACUUCUGAAGUGCUCCUUUUUGACCUUUGGUCAAUCCUAAGAUAGCCAGUGAGUCUGGAGCCUCUCCCCCACACCUAUUCAGUGGGAAAAAAUUCUAAUGCUUCCCAACCAGAGGAUUGCCACCCCCCCACCCCCAAAUUCCAGCCCCUUCACACUCUCCCAAGUGCUGCUGUUCAGCUCUUUGGGUGACUCAAAGGUGGAGCUCUUUGUCCUACUGUCCUCACUGAGCUUUGUGCAGGAGGCAGAUGACAAGAUCUCCUGAGCUGUCAGUGCUAUUGAACCAUUUCUGCUGUAAGGAGGUGGUGAGGAGGGAAUAAAGACAAAAAUGUAAGGACAACCAUACUCUUCUAGACCAAAGCCCAAAGAAUGCCUUUGGCAAUAACAAAUAGAAGAUGCCCAGAAAAGGGUAUAAAGUCAGUUCAGCACUAGUGACCACUCUCCCAAGUGUCACAGCAAAUUAGUUAGAGGCUUUCUAAGCCAGAGGUGGUGUCUUUCUAUUUAGCAGCAUUUUUUUCAUUACCUGUUUUUAAAUCCAUUUAAGUUGUAUCUACUUGUUCCUUUCACAAGGUCUUAUGCAGUUAAUGAUGCAUUGAGUAAAGAAAUACUUCCUUUUCUGUUAUGAAGCAGCUCUAUUUAUUUGCUAUCACCUAGUUUUUGUAUGAGAGAAAUGGUGAGGAACCAUUCCUUGUUCAUAUUCCAUGUCUCAUGUGAUUUUACAUAUUUGCCAUAAUUUCCCCCACUUUCCUUUUCCAGAGAGAACCCCUAGUCUUAUUUAAAGGAGCUGUCUCAUGUUUUUAAUUAGCCUUGUCAUACUAAUUUGUUAUUUUCCAGCUCUGCAGUUUUUACUGAGAUGCAACCGGAUUUGUGCCUAGUGUUCAAAAUAUAGACAAAAUGUGACUUUAAUAGUUUUCAUAAUGAUGUUGUCUGUUUUAUUGUUUGUUUUAUUCUCUAUUUGUAAACGCUUUUAGCAUUGGACUUGCUUUGUGACUAUUAUUUAUUUAGAUUAUUUAUUGGUGUUAAUAUUUCCGUAGUCAAACAACAAUUCUAGAUCUCCUUCCUCGGUUGUAAUGCUCAGCUCAGAGUUCAUCGUAGCUUGUAUGAAGACUUAGCAUUUAUGGUAACUUAGCAUUUAUGGGUGCCAAAUGUCACCUGUUGUUUUAGCAUUCCCUGGUGACCAUGAGCUCUUAUUCCAUCUCUUCUCACUGCUCCUCUUUAAUACUCACUCUUCAUACAGCAAAGUAUCAUCAGCAUCUCCAUGCUGAAUAUGGUGAUAUGAAAUACUGCCAUCUCCAAAUUAACCCCUUCAAUUCAUCACUUCAAGGUGAUUUCUUAGUUAAGUUAAACAUGGCCUCUGGGACAAAGAUCCCUGCAGGACAAUAAGGUAGCUUUUCCUUCACUGUGAAAAUUAAGCAUUUGUUCUUGCACAUUGUUUUAAUCUAACUUUGAAGUACUUGUUUUCCAGUGUAAAAUUAUUAGUUAUUGCUUGGCAGCUUUUAUGAGGAAGUUGUUUGCUACUUUGAAAAUGCAAGUUUACUAAAUCAGGGCCUGUGCUCCAUGCAUGAAUGUACUAAGUUCCUCCUUCCCCUAGGAGUGUCAAGAGCUCCUCACCUUUCCCCAAGUAUUUCUGCGUCCAAGUGAAUAAUCUUGUGAAUGCAGGCUUCCUACAGCCAGAUUGUUUGACCUGCAGCCUCUUGUGUCCAUUGGCUUUGUUUGGAAAAGUAGGAUGGGCCAUGCAAAAGCCAUCUAGCAGACUUGAUGUCAGAUGCAUUUGAUUGCAGGUAAUAUUUGAUUCGGUAAAAUUAAAAGAUAGUUUUGCUCCAUAAUUUUCCUUUUGACACAUUAUACCUAAGGUGAAAAAUUAGUUCCUGACUCUGUCUUUUGUGUUGCAACCAAGCAGCCUGGAAUUCAGUGAUAAUUUAAAUUAAGGUGUUUUGUCAUAAAUGACAAAUGUGGAUAAAUGUAUUUGAAUGUUAAUUAAAUUAGAUGUAUUGAUUUUUAAAAUUCAGCUGGAAAUGUUUUAAUUCUUUGGAAAGGACCCUGGGAAAUUUACUGUGUUGAGAGUAGAAAGAUUCAAAAACAGUUCAGUUCUCCCUCUUCCUUGCUAACAACCUGGUGUGUGGUCUUUGGCAAAUUCCUUAGUGACUGUCGUUAAAGGCAUGCAGUCCCUGAAGAGGUUCCUGGGCUCCUCCAGGGAGUUUGCAAAAGUAUCUAUGUGGUUAAUGUCAAAACACUUUCACUUCUUCACCUGCUGAAGUGAGCAGCAUAAAUCACAUAGGCCCAGCCUUUAGUGCCCUCAGCAGAGCUGCUGGUCCUGUUGAGCCCAGUCUAACUUUAGCUUUUCAGUGUAAUGAGGGCCAGAAAUCUGCUCUGGUCAGUAGAAAUAGGCCAUAACAACAACUUAACUUGGGUUAAUGGGCUUAUCAUGUGGUUUAUUCAUUGAGAACUGAUUGAUACCUGUGCAGAGCUCUGGAAGUGAAAAGAAGCCUGCUCCCAUACAGCAGACAAAUGCAAUUGUCACUUCAGUCCUAAUAUAUGUGAGAGAUGAGAUUGCAUCCGAUUAUGUACCAGGAGUAGCAAUUCAUUUCCCUCCUGAUGGAAAAACAGUUCAUGAUGAAAGGUAGCUCACCAUAGGUGAUUCUUACGGUGACAGUGUAAUUACUGGUCAAAUUAGGGUCCCUGCUGUCUUGAAUAGAACAGAGAUAUUCAGAAAUGUUCUUCCCCUGUGAGAUUUUGUGUCUUUCUCUUGAUGAUCCUGCAGCACGUUAUGCAUUGUGAGCCAUUUCUGGUAUAUGCCAGGGUAAAAUAUGUAAAUAGCAUCAUGUUGGCUCGGGAUAAGAGCAUUAUUAAUGCUUUUCAUCACUGUAAUUAUAUUCCUAGUAAGCCUUCCCUAAGCCCUCACUAAUUAACAAUAUUGUGACAAAUCAACUUUAAUAGAAAAGAACUGUGGACCUUUAGUCUUUUAGUACUAUUUUUCAUGCAGCCCACAGCUGAAAACUGGUGGCAUGGCAUUCUAUACUGGUGUUGGGAAAACUGCUGAUAUUUGAAAAGUUCAAAGCCAGCUCAGUCUUGUUAGUGUAGUCCUGCUGCUGAAGUCUGUUUGAUUCCUCUUUAAAUAUAUUCACAGCAAAGUAAGAUUCAUUGGUUAAUCAUUAAUGUUAAGGAAUAUUAAAACUGUUUUUAUAAAUAAGCUAUCAUACUGAAAUGGUUUAGUGAGGUCAGUAUGUUGUCAUGUGCACAUUUAUUUAUUUGUUUAUUCCAAAUCAGGAAUAUUGUACAAGAUUGACUUUAUAUAUAUCCUUACCAGGUGAUCAAGAGUUGUAACAUCUUUAAUCCAUUUGCACAAAUGAACUUACUGUCUAAAUGUCAGGAUUUCUCUGUGUCUUUAUUUCCUUCAAUUAGAACAAGGCUGUUGGUUUUGUUGGGUUUUCUCCUUCUUAACUGAUACCCCUGAAGAUUUUCCUCCCAUGCAAGAACCAGCUGUGGGGCACAUGAAAUCUGGCGGGCAGCUUUUCUUGCUGCGAUCGCAACGUUACGUGGGCUGACUCUUAUCACUGUAACAUUUCACAUCAGGUCUGCAGAACUGGACUUUCUCUGUUUGUUCUUCUCAUGCAUUGGUAAAUAAAAUGUAUUCACGAGUUCAAAAAGACAAAGUAGUGUUCUCAUAUUAGGUCGAUUAUAAGUCAGCUGUUGAGCUUCAGUGUUCUAAACAUUUCAUUCUUCAGUUUUGUUGGGAGCCCACGUGUUCUGGGAGGCUUUUAAACAAAUACUUGAAAUGGUUGAAAGAUUUACAUUGCCAGUGCCUAGCUAAAUAUGUAGUCUUUAGAAAAGACAUGGUUUAUUUUGGCACCAUUUGACAAACUCAAAUAUUUUAAACAUUUGUUAAGUUUGAGCUUGCACAUUUGAACUAAAAGUUUGCAUUCCAAAAUUGCAUCUCAGGUUACCUGUCUCUCUCUCUUUUGUAUUUUAUAAUCCCUUUAUUAAAAUAGUCUGCAAAAUGA